AUGGCCUCGCACUCACAACUCAGCUUCGGCGCGAGUCGAGACAUAGAGCUGUCGUUGUCUUCAGGGGAUGAGGGGAACUACAGGCCUUCUGGGGAUGAGAGAAACUACAGCACCGAGAAACUGGCAAGCUCCGAUCCAGAUGAGAUACCUCGAAACAUGGGCACCUUCCGAUGGAUCCUAACAUGCUCGGCCUUGUACUCGGCCACUCUUCUCUACGGCCUCGACACAACAAUCGUAGCAGACGUACAGGUUCCCAUCGUGCAAGAUUUCGGUCACAUUGAAAAGUUGACAUGGAUUGGAGCUGCAUUCCCUCUUGGCUCCGUCGCCAUCAUUCUGCCCCUCGGAGUCAUGUACGAAUCCUUCGAUUCUAAAUGGUUGUAUAUUAUCAGCUUCGCUCUUUUUGAGGCAGGGAGCGCUCUCUGCGGCGGUUCCCCAGACAUGGACUCCCUCAUCAUUGGUAGAGUUAUCGCUGGUAUUGGUGGUUCAGGUCUCUACCUAGGGAACUUGAACAUAUUUGCAAGCCUUACGUCGCUCAAAGAACGGCCUAUGUACGUUGCUGGAGCCGGCCUUUGUUGGGGUGUUGGCGCCAUUCUGGGACCUGUUGUUGGUGGAGCUUUUGCAAAGAGCUCUGCUACCUGGAGAUGGGCUUUCUAUAUCAAUCUAGUCGUUGCGGCACUGAGUGGUCCUACUUAUCUGUUCUCUCUACCCUCAAUUCAACCGGCACCAGGCGUCUCCACACUGAAGAAGAUUCGAGAAGUCGACAGUCUUGGGACUUUCCUUUUGGCGGGCAUAUUUGCGAUGUUUAUCGUUCCUUUGACCCUUGCCGAAGGAUCAUGGGCGUGGGAUGAUCCUAGUACCACGAUAUCUCUCACUCUUUGCGGUUCUCUCGUGGUAAUCUUUAUUCUACAACAAGCAUUCUCUCUCACGACGAGUCCAGAACGACGAAUUUUUCCGGUGGAUCUACUCUAUAGCAGAACAAUAGUCUUACUAUUCGUUUGUACUGCCGCAACUUCGACAAUGCUGUUCAUCCCGGUUUACUAUAUACCAAUUCACUUCCAGUUCACUCGCGGGGACGAACCUAUCAAGGCCGCUGUUCGUCUUCUACCUUUCGUCCUCGUUGGUGUUUUUACUACUAUGACAAGCGGCGGGAUUAUGCCUAGAACUGGCUUUUACAUGCCAUGGUAUGUCCUUAGCGGUGUUAUGGGUACCACGGGUGGAGCUCUUAUGUACACGGUGAAGAAUACCACAAGCGCCGGGGCUGUGUAUGCUUACAGCAUACUGGUUGCUAUUGGUGCAGGAGGCAGCUUACAGCUCGGAUAUUCUAUCGCACAGGCUAAGCUUCCCAUUCACAAGCAACCAGCAGCCAUUCGAUUCAUCAACAUGGCACAACUAGGCGGUACGACAAUUGCUUUAACAAUUGCAGGACGCUUAUUCCAAACAUUCGCUUUAAAGAAUGUCAGACACGCGCUCGAUGGUCUUGGCUACACAAACGACCAGGUUGAAGCCGUGGUGGCUGGAGCUUCAGGUACGCUGUUCGAACAGUUGACUUCACAGAUCAGGGGCAACGUUCUGGAAGGGAUUGUCAAAGCCAUUGGGAAUGCUUACGUUCUUGUUAUUGUGGGUGGAGCCACAACUCUCAUCUGCUCGGCCUUCAUGAAGAGAGAAAAGGUCUUUCAAAGCACCGCUCCAACGAAAUAG